GGGGGCAUCUAUGUGUCCGUGUAUGUUCCAAACAAAGAAAAGAUAAUGUCUUGAGGGAGGUAGUGGGAGGGCAGUCCAAAAUACUGUGUGCAGUAUGCUUUAGCAAAAUCCUGGAAAAAUGUGAUCCUGCUUGAAUGUCGUUUUACAGACAACACAGUUGCAGCAGGAGAGGAGGCUUGUGCAAUAAGGCUCAUGGUUCUUGGUUCUUGUAAUAUAUAGACUCCAAAGGAUUCUGGCCCCUGUUUCUUGUCCUCAUCAACUGUUCGCUCACCAUAAUUCAAACACAGAAAGGUAUUCCCAUCUAAUCUUGGGGCACAAGCAGGAUGGUAAGGAGAGGAAACAAUCCCUGAGAUACUCCAGAAUCAAAGCCAAUUCUGAUGGCACAGAAAGAGUCCCAUAUGGAAGUCAGAAAAAAGAGAAAGAAAGAAAAAUGUAUUCACUUUCUUCUCUACAGCCUGACUGCCUCAGUACAAUAUGCAAAAUACUUGUCAAUUAUCUGAUCAGAUUGCAUAAACCCCACUUGUUUGACAAAACAAAACGUAUUGUUUUAGAAAGCAAAUAAAAGUAGGUCAAAUCAGUGACUGCAGAGCAAUAAAAAAUGCUUUCCCACAACACCUGGGAAUAUGCUGACUGAGAGCAUGUUUUAAGCCACUGGUGGGAGAGCAGAUUCCCAAAACCCCAAGCCUCCUUGGGUGAAAGGUGGGGAAGGGAAGAGCAGUGUAAGCAUGUUUACUUUACAGUCACUCGGAAGUUGAAAUUUGUCUCUGAGAGAUGAUGACUCACUUGAGUAGCUCUAUAAAAGUCAACCUUGUCAUAAGAUAAAGCAUCAGACUUUCAGAAAGCUUAGCACCAUCCAGCAGAAUGUAUCCAAGUUCUGCAGCUGCCUUUUUCCUGUUGCUGGGCAUCUCAUGGUGCUUUAGACUACCAAUAUCAGAUGAAGAUGACAGUGAUGAAUUCACAAAUCAAGAUUUUGAAUUUGCAGAGCGCUAUCUAAAGACCCAUUAUAACCUCCACUCCAGACCUGCUGGCCUGCUGCGAAAAUCAGCUAAUACAUUUGCUUCCAAACUUCGAGAAAUGCAAGCAUUUUUUGGGCUGGAGGUCACUGGCAAACUCGAUGAAGACACGUAUGACCUGAUGAAACAGCCACGCUGUGGGGUCCCUGAUGUGGGGGAAUACAACUUUUUCCCCCGAAAGCUGAAAUGGUCUCAUAAUAAUUUAACAUACAGGAUUGUUAAUUACACCCCUGAUCUGAAAAAGUCUGAAGUGGACAGAGCAUUCAGGAAAGCUUUCAAAGUUUGGUCUGAUGUGACACCACUCAACUUCACUAGAAUUCGCAGUGGUAUUGCUGAUAUCAUGAUUUCCUUUGGAAGGAAAGAACAUGGUGAUUUCUAUCCCUUUGAUGGACCUUCUGGACUCCUAGCUCAUGCUUUCCCCCCUGGACCAAAUACUGGAGGAGAUGCUCAUUUUGAUGAGGAUGAACUGUGGUCAACUGAUUCCAAUGGAUAUAACUUGUUUAUUGUGGCAGCCCACGAGUUGGGUCAUUCACUGGGACUUGAGCACUCCACAGACCCUGGUGCACUGAUGUAUCCAGUUUACACAUAUACAGGAAACACGGGCUUCUUGCUUCCAGACGAUGAUGUACAAGGAAUUCAGACUCUUUAUGGUAAAGGAGACCAUGAUCCUCAUCCUGAUGAUCAUCCCAAAACUCCAGAGAAAUGCAGCCCAAACCUGGUACUUGACGCCAUCACAGAACUUAGAGGAGAAAUGAUGAUCUUCAAGGACAGGUUCUUCUGGCGUCUACAUCCCCAGAUGGUUGAUGCAGAUUUGGUACAAAUUAAGUCCUUUUGGCCAGAAAUGCCAAGCAAGAUUGAUGCAGCAUAUGAAAACACUGAGAAUGAUCAUGUGUUGCUUUUUAGGGGCCGGAAGUUUUGGGCUUUGAAUGGUUAUGACAUAGUAGAAGGCUACCCAAAGAAGAUUUAUGAACUGGGUUUACCAAGAUCUGUGAAGGCGAUAGAUGCAGCUGUCCACUUCAGCGAAACAGGCAAAACUUUCUUUUUCAUUGGUGAAAAAUACUGGAGUUAUGAUGAAAUCAACCAAGUGAUGGACAAAGACUACCCUAGACUUAUUGAGGAUGAUUUCCCAGGAAUUGGUAAUCGAGUGGAUGCAGCCUAUCAGAAAAAUGGUUAUAUAUACUUUUUCAAUGGAGCACUGCAGUAUGAAUUCAACAUCUGGAGUGAAAGAAUUAUUCGGGUCAUGAAAACCAACUCAAUCUUCUGGUGCUGAUUACAUUAAGAUGAGUUCUACACUGUGGAGUGAAUUUGUCACCUAUGAAAAAGAAGAAUCUGAGUGUUGAGAUUUCGCUGUUGUUUUGUAGCCUAGAAGCUUGAUUCUGUGAACAAGCCCUGGCACUGUAGCCAGCCACUGAUUUUAUAUUGUAUAUAUGGAACUGUUUAGUAGAACAAACAUCAGUCUGGAACUGAGUUAAAUGGAAAAAGUGAUCGUUAUCAUUGUUCAUAAGCAUUUUGUAGGGCAUUGCACUAUUUAGAAGUUGAAUGAUGAAGAAGGUAAUCUUAAUGUCAAGUUCUGAUGGAAAGAUUUCUUCUGUGCCAUUAUAGUAUUCAAGAGCUGAAGAUCAAUUAGCGCCUGGAGAAGGGCAUUUAGAACAUUUAGGAUAAAGUUAUCCCCAAAUCUCCUGAAAGUCCAGAGAUUACUUUAAAAACUUAGAGCUGUAUAAUGUGUCACUGGAAUGAUUCCUUGCAUUUUUCUUCCUUCCUUGUAUUUUAACGCUCUGUUUAUUCUGCCUAUUCUAUCUGCAUUAACCAAAUUGUAUUAGUUUAUAUAUUUAUUUAUUUAAAAAUAUGCACAGUUGGAAACAUGUAAUUUUGAAAUACCAGCUCCCAGAAACCUUCAGCCAACCACUCAAACUGGAUCUACACUGCCAUAUAAACCAUAUUAUCAAAGCAGAUUAUCCACAUGGAUUUUAUAUUGCAGUGUACAUCCAGCCUCAGUUUUCUUUACAGACUAGAUGCUUUGCAAAGGGUUCCUUCUCAUUUCCUCCCAAGGUGACUAACAGCAACAAAUGGAAAUGCUGAGGAGAGGCAAUGAGACUCAAUGCUCCUCCCAGCAUUUAUGAUGUUCUGACCACUGUAAAUUUUCUUACUGAAUAAUUGUAUGUUACUGUCACAUUGGGUUGGAAGAAGAAGCAGAACUAGUGAUUCUAGCUGGGAGGUUUAAAAAGUAACAUUUCCAAGUUCAUGUAAUAUCCCAGCUAAGCCAAACUGCCUAUAUAACAAGAGUGGGAAUAGGAAGUCCAAGGACCAUUUGUGGUCCCAGAGUCCCCUUCCCAUAUUCCAAAUCCCCUUGAACCCCACUGUAGUUUUUUUUAAGUUGGAGUGAUUUUGGGUGAACAUUGCCCAAAAGUAUCACUCCAAGACCCUCCAAAUGCAUGCAAACAUGCAAAACUGCACAACUCCUAAUACAAAUAUUCUAAAAAAGGGGAAAACAUCUGAAACAUUUCUGGUCUUGAGAAUUUUCGAUAUAGGAUAAUCAACCUGUGUGUAACAAUGUAGAUUAUAAUCAUUUGUUAUUUCAAAAAGGGGAAGGCUCUAUUUUCAGUGUUUUCUACUUAUUUUGUAUUAAUUCCAAAAUUCUGAGGUUCUCAGCACGGGCAACAUAUAAAGUACUGAUAACGCCUUUUCUUUAUGCCCUGGUUUUAGAUAUUGCUGAAUAAACCUAAGAAAAACACAAAA